CCUGUACUUCUUCUGACAACAACUGCUUUGGUCAUGCAUGGUCAUGUACCGCCCACCCCAUCUUUCAUCCAUGUAAGUGUCUAACUAUCUAGUUGCUGCAAAUAUUUAAUGAACUCGCCCAACAAACUUCUCUGCAAUUCAUCACUCCCCACCCAUGCAUGCCUAUUUAUCGCAACUCUCCUCUCCGCUACCCUCUAUUGCUUUAAGGCUAUACUGAAACAAAUUCAUCAAAAUAGAAAAACUUCAUUGGAAGAGAGAGAGAGAGAGAGAGAGAGAGAGAGAGAGAGAUGGCAUACUACAUGUUCUUUUUGUGGCUUAUGCUAACUCAAUCCCUGAUCAUAUUCCGCACAAUUGAAGCAAAAGUCUCGGCCAUCAUCGUUUUCGGAGACUCCUCGGUCGAUGCCGGAAAUAACAACCAGAUUCCAACAAUUGCCAGGAGCAAUUUCGAGCCAUACGGGCGCGAUUUUGCAGGCGGCCGCCCCACUGGCCGCUUCUCCAAUGGCCGGAUCCCCUCUGACUUCUUAUCCGAAGCUUUUGGGCUGAAGCCAAUAGUUCCUGCCUACUUAGAUCCUGCCUAUAACAUCUCAGACUUCGCCACCGGAGUUUGCUUCGCUUCUGCUGGCACUGGCUACGACACUGCCACUUCUGAUGUUCUAUCAGUGAUACCACUGUCAAAGGAGGUGGAGUACUACAAGGAAUAUCAGAAGAAGCUAAGGGAAUAUCUGGGUGAGCAGAAGGCUAAUGAAACGCUGAGGGAAGCAUUGUACAUGACGAGCUUAGGAACAAAUGAUUUCUUGGAGAACUACUACACGAUUCCCGGCAGGCGAUCGAAGUUUAACGUCGAGCAAUACCAAGAGUUCCUCGUCGGAAUCGCCGGAAAGUUCCUCCGGGAACUGUAUGGACUGGGCGCGCGAAAGAUCGCCCUAGGGGGUCUUCCUCCCAUGGGGUGUCUGCCGUUGGAGAGAACUACAAAUUUCAUGAACAGAAACGAUUGCAACGAGGCCUACAACGCUGUGGCUGUGGACUUCAACAAGAAGUUGAAGGGUUUGGCGGCGAAUCUGAAUGAGGAGCUUCCCGGGGUCAGAGUGGUGUUCUCAAAUCCCUACAACAUUCUCCGGCAGAUCAUUCGAAAUCCUUCCUUAUAUGGAUUUGAGGUGACUGAAAUGGGAUGUUGCGCGACAGGAUUGUUUGAGAUGGGGUACGCGUGCGACCGGUACAACGCACUCACAUGCUCCGAUGCAAAUAAAUAUGUGUUUUGGGAUGCCUUUCAUCCUACUGAGAAAACUAAUCGUAUCAUCUCCGAUCAUAUGUCGAAGAAAUUUUUAGCUACGUUCUUCUGAUGGGAUCAUGCUUAUAAAUUAAAAAUAUCUUAAUAUUAAUACGUACUACUACGUAUAUCGGUAUAUAUAUAUGCAUAUGUAUGAAUGAUCAAUAAUGAGCCACGUUGGUUUCAAUGGUGGUAUAUGUAUUUGUACAAUUAUAAUGAUAAAUUAUGAGGGGGAAUGCAAUGUUGGAGUCCACUAA